AUGGCCGAGGAAGCUGAAAUGAUGCCCCCACCUUCGACAAAAUGGAAAAUCCCAAUCUUCGUUUUCUUCAGAGAUGUUAGUCAUGUAUUCAAAAGGGAUGAGCUCGGAAUGGAAAUACUGCGGAUUGCAUUCCCGGCAGCUCUGGCAUUAGCUGCCGACCCCAUUGCAUCUUUGAUCGACACUGCUUUCAUCGGCCAUUUAGGUCCAGUAGAAAUAGCAGGGGUGGGAGUUUCGAUAGCAAUAUUAAAUCAAGCUUCCAAAGUCACCAUUUUCCCGCUCGUUAGCAUCACAACCUCAUUCGUGGCAGAGGAGGACACUAUCGAAAAAAUAAACGCUCAAAAUGCGGAAAAUGACGACGAGUUGGAGAAAGGGUUUAAUAAAAAAAACGGCAACACUAAAUCGACCACGUCACCAGAUGAGAGCUCGAGCUCGAGCUCGGGCACAAAAGACCAAGUUCAAGACAACGAAAAGAAGCCGACAUGCAAGACUGUAGAUGAUUCCUUUGGCAUCGGUACUAAAAACAAGGCGAAAUCCGAAAGUAAACGUCGUAAUAUUCCUUCUGCGUCGACUGCACUGCUUCUUGGGGCUAUUCUUGGGCUUUUUCAAACACUGUUACUCAUUCUUCUGGCAAAACCCUUCUUAAGUUUGCUUUUGCUAGCAAGAGUAAUAGCCGUUACAACUUGCGUGACCUUAGCUGCCUCAAUGGCAGCAAGGCUUGGCCCCACUCCAAUGGCCGCCUUUCAGAUAUGCUUACAAGUCUGGCUUUUGUCUUCCCUACUUGCUGAUGGCUUGGCAGUUGCUGGCCAGGCGAUUCUUGCUUGCGCUUUUGCAGAGAAAGACUAUCAGAAAGCAGCGUCUGCUGCCGCUCGAGUGCUUCAGAUGGGAUUCGUUCUAGGGCUUGGGCUUGCGGUAUUUGUUGGACUUGGGCUUCAGUUCGGGUCCGGAAUAUUUACCAGUGAUCGAAAUGUUAUUCACGUGAUUGCCAUUGGAAUUCCGUUUGUAGCAGCUACGCAACCUAUAAACUCAUUGGCAUUUGUGUUUGAUGGAGUUAAUUUUGGAGCAUCUGACUUUGCAUAUACUGCAUAUUCCAUGGUUCUUGUGUCCAUUGUAAGCAUUGGAUCCUUGUUUUUUCUGUCUAAAAGUAAUGGUUUUGUUGGUAUAUGGCUUGCUUUGACCAUUUACAUGGGCUUGAGGACAUUUGCUGGCUUAUGGAGGAUGGGAACAGGAACAGGACCAUGGCAAUUUCUUAAGCGUCGAGCUCAAUCAUCAACAUUAAACGACAUAUGAUCAUCGGAUCUUGGGCAUUAUAAAUUAAAAUCGCAUUGAACUUUGUUCCUAUGAACUUUUCUCUCAAUUUUCUAUUAUUUAUAGGGUAAAGCUGUGUUUUAUAUAUGCAGGUUGUGCCCGCUUUUAUAUGUUAAUU